UUGUGCGUCUGUGAGGAGGGUGCCACCUGAGCAGACAGUCACCCAGCUCAACUAUAUAAAGGCUGGCCAGACCAAGAAGGGGCCAAGAAGCAGCUCCAGGGAGCCAAAGAAAGAAAAAACCAGCAGAGAUCUACCUACGCACAGCAGGCAGCCAGGCACAGACUCCCCCUUUCUCACCGACACUCAACAGAGGGAACACAGGAGGUCAAAAGAUGAAAGGCACCCACUCUUUCGCUGGACUUCUGCUCUUGAUCAUUGCUCAGAGCAGCUUGCAAAUCCCGCAGGAGGACACAGAGGACAACUCCAGCCUAUUGACAGAGGACUCUAUGUUCAGCGAGCCAAGGGAGCUUUCGAACACGAAGAGACAUUCAGAGGGAACAUUCUCUAACGACUACAGUAAAUAUCUCGAGUCGAGACGAGUGCAAGACUUUGUCCAGUGGCUAAUGAACUCGAAGAGAAGUGGGGGUCCCAUCAAACGACAUGCAGAGGGUACCUACACCAGCGACGUGAGCUCCUACCUGCAGGACCAGGCAGCCAAGGAGUUUGUGUCCUGGCUGAAGAAUGGCCGAGGCAGACGAGAAUAGGGCUGCUCUACUCAGCCACAGAGUCCCAGUGUCUUAUUAUUCAGUCACAGAGUCCCAGUGUCUUAUUAAUCAGUCACAGAGUCCCAGUGUCUUAUGUCUUAUGAGCCCCUAGUCAAGAGAGAAUGCAACUCAUCCAGAAUGACCCCCCCUGUUCAAUUUCCUGUUUCAUAACCUGUAUCCUCCUUCCUCUGGUCAUGCUAAUAAAUCACCCGACAAGAAAUUGUGUUGCCUGUCAAUUGCUUUUGUUU